AUUUUCUUGUUUUUUUCAAUUCUCUAUUUAGAGACAAUAUAAUUAAGAAGAAAAUGAAGACUAUUUCUACAAAGUAAACUCAUCUUGUUUUGAUUGUAAUUUCAAGUUACUAAUUCAUCAGAUCAUGAAGACCAUUCCAUUGAUAUUCAUCGCCACCAUCAUAAUCUUGACAUCAUUUCCAGCCACGAUCAAAGUCGUCGGUGCCAAAAAAGAUCUACCAUUUUGCAAUGUGGAGCUUCUACCUUGCGUCCUACCUUUUAAAGUUCGUGGUCACGGAAGCAAACUGCCUAAUGGCUGUUGUGAGAAAAUGAAAAAGUCAACAUCAUGUAUGUGUAGAUUCCUAAUGGCCAAGGAACGUGACCUGAACGCAGCUGCUCAUAGAAUAUUCUGGUUUUGCAAAAUUUCCGUCCCUAAUUGUCCAAAAAUCUAGAGAUAUAGGUUAUGGUUUUUUCUUAAUUUAUUUUAUACAUAAGUUAUGUUCCUCGACUAUAUCUACGACAUGAUUGAUUGAAGCUCGAGAGACACAAGUUGAGCUUCAAUACACAACCAUUUAAGAAACAUAUAACCAUUUAAGCGAAAAUUAUUAUUAAUACUUUAUCCACCUUUGUAACUAACACACAGAAACAUGAUC